CUAGCGAUAGACAUAUUCAUACACAAAUACAAAAAAGUUUUGGCUAGUACCACCGCCACCUCCAGUACUUGAGAAAUUAAACUCAAGAAAUGGAAUUCCUUCUCCUCUUCAGAACCCUUUCUUCGCUAGCCCUCGCAGGAGUCGUUUGCUACGUCUUUCAUCAGUACUGCAAGAGCUGGCUCAAGUCUCGAAGGCUGAGAAGGAAGCUCUGCAUGCAAGGCAUCAGAGGGCCUCCUCCUUCUUUUCUCUACGGGAAUGUAGCCGAGAUGCAGCAAAUCCAGUUGCAGGCAAAGAAGACUCGGAGUCACAGUGAAAUUGUUGGCCAUGACUACACUUCCACCCUCUUCCCGUAUCUUGAUCAUUGGAGAAAGGAAUACGGUCAAAUAUACACAUAUUCGACGGGGCUUAGGCAACAUUUGUACGUGAAUGACCUUGAGCUGGUGAAGGAAAUGAACCAGUUGAAUACUUUGCAUUUGGGCAAGGCUUCUUACAUGACCAAGGCUCUUCGACCCAUGCUCGGCAAUGGUGUCAUAAGAGCCAAUGGCCAUUUAUGGGCCCAUCAAAGGAAGAUCAUUGCCCCAGAGUUCUUCAUGGACAAGGUUAAGGGCAUGGUGGGGCUUAUGGUAGAAUCAACAGAGCCAUUGCUGAAAAAAUGGGAAACAAUCAUUGAAGCAGAAGGCGGUUUGCGGGCGGAAAUCAAUGUGGAUGGGGAUUUAAGGAGCGUUUCAGCCGAUGUCAUUGCCAGGGCAUGUUUUGGGAGCUCUUAUGCUAAAGGCAAAGAGAUUUUCGCCAAGCUUAGGACUCUUCAAACCACCAUAAUUAACAAGCCAGGCAUUGUCUUUGGGCUCAAUAAUUCAAGAUUUCUUUCCACCAAGAAGAAGAUCAGCACAUUGGAAAGAGAAGUAGAAUUGUUGAUUUGGGAGACAGUCGAAGGACGCCAGCAGGAAUGUGUAGACAAAUCUUCGUGUCAAAAAGAUUUGAUGCAGCUAAUAUUAGAGGGCGCUGUCAAUGAUGCCUAUGUAGGCAAGGCUUCCUCUCAGCAGUUCAUAGUUGAUAAUUGCAAGAACAUAUACUUCGCUGGCCAUGAGACAACUGCCAUCACUGCCUCCUGGUGUUUGAUGCUACUGGCUCUGCAUCCAGGGUGGCAAUCUCGUAUUCAAGCAGAGGUGGCUCAAGUUUGCAAGAAUGGCCUGCCUGAUGCAGACUCGAUUUCUCGAUUGAAAACGGUGACUAUGGUGAUUCAAGAAACCAUGCGUCUUUACCCCCCAGCAGCAUUCGUGUCUAGGGAGGCGCUCAAAGAGACUCGAAUUGGAAACAUUUUGGUCCCGAAAGGUGUAUUUAUUUGGACUCUGAUUCCAACUUUGCACCGGGAUCCUGACCUAUGGGGACCGGAUGCCAAUGAGUUCAAGCCUGAGAGGUUCAUCAAUGGUGUCUCCAAAGCUUGCAAAUCCCCGCAAGGCUAUAUCCCAUUUGGUUUAGGUACUCGCCUGUGCUUGGGGAAAAACUUUGCCAUGGUUCAAUUGAAGGUUCUUCUAUCCCUCAUUGUUUCCAGGGUUAGUUUCUCUCUAUCUCCAAGUUAUCGACAUUCUCCUGCUUUUAGGAUGCUUGUGGAACCUGAACAUGGUGUAUGUAUCCAUAUACAAAGGAUCUGACAGACUACUGGCUUUAUGCCUGAAGCUUAAACCCAAUGUAUGAAGCUUUAUGCCUUUUUCUUGUUUUCUUAAUGUUCCAUGACAGAAAUAGAAGCAUCUGUUGGUUUUUUAACCUGAAA